UCUGAUGGUGCCAGCAGCCCUGCUUUGACUUUAAUACAUCUUCCACGCCCACCUGGCGCUGCAGCUCACCUGCAGGCGGUCGGAUCCCAGUGUGGUGGUAACCCUCAGCUGAAAUAGGGCCUUUGCAGGGUGGAGGCAGCACGCUGCAGCCAGGACCUGUCACAUUACUCCCAGCUCCACUGUGGGACGAGGGCACCUGAAUACAGGCUGCGAGGGAGAGAAACAGAGUGAGGCUAGACCAAACGCAGGAAAGCAAGGACGCCUCUGCAGCAGCAACAGAGUCCAGCUUGGGACUUGAGAGAUACUUUUAUCUCUUGAGUCAAGGGGAUCGCAGUUGUGUGUCGCCAGAGAGUGUGAUUUAAAGUCCUUCAGCCUCUUUUGUAAGACUUUGGACGUGUUUUAAAAAGAGACAGCACAAUGGAUAAGGAUGCUCUACUAGACUACGAGUACCCAGACCUGGAACCUUUGCCAACCAAAAUGGAAGCAGAAAUAAUCCCUCCAUGUGACCCUACAGCUGAUGACAGGCUCUACCACAUAUGCAUCACUGCGAUAUCACUCGUUGUCAUGCUGAUCCUAGCAAUCUUAGCCAGACGCACGAAGGUGGGCAACAGACAGAAAGGACUCCCAGGUUUACUCAGUCCAGUCAACUUCCUGGACCAUACGCAGCACAAGGGCCUUGCAGUGGCUGUGUUUGGAGUGCUCUUGUGCAAACUGUGGGGACUCAUAAUAUCGCCAGACCCCCUCCCCUUCACAGCAGACACAGAGAAUAAACAGAACUGGGUGAUUCUGGGAGUCUUCUACUACCCCGCACUAUACUACCCUCUCCUGGCAUGUGGUACUUUACAUAAUAAAGUUGGCUAUGUACUUGGGAGCCUCUUGUCAUGGACGCACUUUGUUGUUCUGGUUUGGCAGAAGAUUGACUGUCCCAAAACACCUCUGAUACACAAACACUACUCUCUUUUCUCCAGCUUGCCCCAAAUAGCUUGCUUGGCAUUCCUUAGUUUCCAGUAUCCCCUUUUUCUAUUCAAGGGCUUAAAGGGCACUGAAAAGAACAAUGCUACAGAGGAUCUCAGCAGCAGCUACUAUAAAGACUACGUGAAGAAAAUACUCAAGAAGAAGCCCAACAAAAUCAGCACAUCGAGCACAGAGACGCCAAAGCUCCCUCAAAGAAUAAUUGACGCUGUGAAGUCGUACAUUUAUACACCAGAGGAAGCUUUCCGCUUUCCGCUGAAGUUGGCUAUAUCUGGUGUGGUGUCAUUUAUUACCCUGUAUCAGGUGGGUCUUCUGCUGAUCUCGUCAGUGGUGCCGACUCUUCAGACCGCCCGUUCAGGAGUCGAUGAGAAUGUCGCCAACCUUUUAGCUGGCUUUAAGAUCAUGCUGUCUCCAGACAAGCAUGAAGUGGUCAGAAUAGUGAUUUAUUACAUGUGGUGUGUGGAAGUGUGCUAUAUCUCAGCGAUGACCCUGUCUGGCUUGGUCAACCUGGCCAUGCUCAUGCGGUCCAUGGUUCUGCAUCGGUCAAACCUGAAGGGGCUGUACAGAGGAGAUAUCUACAAUGUUUACAACUGCCAGAGAAGUAUCAGGGCUUCACGGCCGGCCCUGGUCUGCUGGAUGGGAUACACCAGCUUCACUGCAGCUCACAUCUUCAUCGGCAUGAUUGUCCAAACCAUGGUGUUCUUCCUCUGCCUUCUGAUCGCCGUCUUCCUCGUUAUCAUGCCUGUACUGCACGGACAGAAUCUCAUUCUCUUUCAGAUGCUGUGGAGCAUGUGGCCCUUCUGGUUGAUGAUUCUCUUGGCUGUGUUGAUUCAACAUAUCACCGGCAGGUUUUGCUUCAUCAAAAAAACAGCAGGAACACGGGAUCUAAACAACAGGGGGAAUCUGUUCCUGCUGACGUACCUGCUGUUCCCAGUCAAUGUUCUGAUCGGGGUGCUACUGGCAGUGUGGCGCAUGAUCAUCACGGCCCUAUUCAACCUUGUCCACAUGGGACGCAUGGAUAUCAGUCUUCUUAACCGCAAUGUGGAGGCAUUUGACCCAGCCUACCGCUGCUAUGCUCAUUAUCUGAAGAUUGAGGUGAGCCAGUCGCACCCUGUGAUGAAAGCCUUCUGCGGGAUGCUGCUCCAGUCCAUGGGUCAGGAGAGCAAUUCUGCACAGAGGUCACGGGACUCAGAAGAGGGGAUCCAGCUGGUCCAUCAGGAGAAGAAACAGCACAGAGUGUCCAGUGCAAAGAGGGCCCGAAGGCACUGGCAGCUCCUCUACACCCUGGUCAACAACCCCUCCCUGGUGGGCACUAGGAAGCACUUCCAGCGUCAGACCACAGAGAGCUUUCUGAAUGGAAGCCUCAACCGCGGCGCCAAGGAGGGGAGCAAAAAGGAGGCAGCAACAGAGGCCGCUGCCAGCAACUGAACGAGAAUGUGACCCUGAUCAAGGACUGGUACAAAGUCUCUUCUAGUUUGGGGGCAAAUUCAACACUCAUAUUAUUUGUCCAUACCUACUGAAAUAAGUGCACUUACAGUUCAGCGCCACAUGUAGAGAUAUUCACCGAGCCUUUCCUGUCUGGAGGUUGUGCAUCCCCUGGUUGUUUAUAUAUGAAGGCCACAGUCUCCAGUCUGAUGGGAAAGCUGGUUUGGCACUGAUCUCUAUCUGAACACACUCAUCAUGUGUCAUUUUCAACAUGUUUAUGUGCUGAUUUUGGGACAGCACUGUAGAUUAAUCACAUUUGUUUGCUAAUAUGUUGUUAUUAUCAUACAUCAUAAAACUAAACACAUGGGCAUGCAAUACUCUGCAGCAUCCUUUUAAAGAGGGUAUUAAUAUGAAGAAUAUUUCACUAUUUAUGAAUUUACAGAAUGAGUUUUCAUAGACAGGAUAAUAAAAUUUCCUUUUUUCAAUUGUGCACAUUUUGUGUUGCAAUGACCUGUGGAAUAGGAACUACCACACAAAUGAAACUGUUUAUAUAUUAUGUUUUAUUUGUAGCUCUUUAAAUCCAAAACCACUUGCUGCUACCA